AUGGCGCCGAAAGCAAAGACUACCGUGCCCGAUUGCAAAAACGUCCCGCAUUCCCACCGCCUGCCCACCACCCACCGCGAAGUCCAGCGCACCUUCACCAAGCUCUCGCGCCAGUCCCUCGUGUCCCUUGCACACCAGUGGCUCGCAAAGAAGAACCGCGAUUUCUGCCGCCCCUAUUUGCUCGGCGACCGCGACGCCGACGAGGAAGACGAGGACGAGCAGUAUACGCCCGCGCAGAGCUAUGAAGAGCUCCAGGAGAUAUACAAAGAGCUGGCGGCGCGCAAGGGCGGGAAGCGCGAGAUACAGGAUCGCAUACUAGAGGGCGACUGGAGAACAGGCGUCUCCAUGUAUCAAUUGGCCACGGCCGAGAUACAGUACCUGCUAGAUCACCCAAACAGUCUGCGCUGGACCGCGAAACGGCUUGCACGGAUACCGAAUGCUAAGAGCGUCUCAUUGGAUAUGGAAGUCACAAAUGACUCGGAGCAUCUACCGCGAUUCCAGGCGCAAACUUUCAUGGCGAACCUCGCGAGGGAGCUGACGCCGCUUAUGAAGGCGCAUUACCUGUUGAUCAAGAUCAAAACCAUGCCCAUGACAAUACUGAGGGUCUAUAUACAUGACUCGCCGUAUAGUACCGAGGCCUCUCUCGCCGUAGAUAAUGGAAACGUGGACAGCGCAAGAGCAGUCUUCUUCAUUUGGCCCAAUGGCUCUCCGUUUGUCUACUCCUCGAUAGCGAACCACUUCGGCCAAGUCAUCAGUGAUGAUGGUCGCCAUCUGCGCGACAUCGUCCAGCAAGCCAUACCGAAAGCUUUCUCGCGACCGUCAGCGAGAUAUCAGCUUGCAAGCACAAAUUUCACGACAAAGUCUCUAGACGCACUGCUCGCAUACAGAGGACCGGGGAAGAGCAACGCGGCAUCAGGCGGCUGGAGCAUCUUCCAGGAUCACAGCUUCAGUCAAAAUGCUCUAGAUUUCAUAACAAGCCAGAGGGGUGAUGGACACGAGAAGAACCGAAUGGGCAGAGACAAUGCAACAGGCACAGCGAAAGCCGGUCCAGGUCGACCGAAGCGGACGCUCGAGGACAAGGAAACAUCGGAAGCAAAGAGAAGACGCGAAGUAGCAGCUGGUCGAUUUGGCUCAUCUGCGCAACCCAACGAUGGGCAAGGCCUCGAGCGCGUCGAAGUCCGCAUUGACGAUCCCUUCCCGCCUGUGCCUGACUCAUCCGAGCAAGCAGACGAUGCGGAAACGUCAAAUAUCAGUGCGCAACCGGCGAAUCACAAUCGGAGAGGUCGCCCGUCAAUGCUAGACCGCUCACAAGAUGAGAUCGAAGAGUUAGAGGGCGGAGACUCGUGGGUCCCUGAUGUGCGCGUGGUGUUUCAAGGCAGCCAUGUGUUCGCUGGCGUUAGGCAGCUGGUCGAACAGGGUGUCGUGGAUGGAGAGAACAUGCCCGGUUGGAUGACGGGCGAAGCAGGCGUAACGAUUGGUGCCGUCAAGGAGGGAAGGAUUCGAACUAAGAGCGGGCAAAUUCCAGGUGUCUGA